AUGGAAGUAAACGCUGUGGACUAUGACCGUUUCUCUAGGAGUGAGGCUAUUGAAUUACUAAAGAAUGCUGGCAUUACUGGAUAUGCAAAGAAAAAGCGAGCCGACUGUAUCAAGGCUCUCAAAGCUCAUCAUGCCAGCAACGCUAGUAACGAGCAACAUACAUCUGCUCAUGUUUCUUCUACUACUUCUCCAGAUGCCAACAAUGUUUCUGUUGACGAGUCAGAAGAGGGAAACGAGGAACUGGAGGAUGCAUCUGUUUUGGUAGAUACUGUGUCCUCAAAUAUUGCCGAUACCACCUAUACUGCCGAUCCGUUUGACGACGAAACAGGCGACAAUACUGUUGUUGUAGAUACUCGUGCUGAUGUAACAUCCGAACAACUAGAAGAAAGCCUCGUGAUGGCUGACACUGAGUCAGAGGCCUAUCUAAUGGAGGCCGAUGAUGCAAGGUUCAUUGAAAGCCAUCAGGCCACAGAUAUGGAGUCGGAAGUUGCAGAUCUUGCCCAUUCCCGUCAAGAAUCGGUUUCCUCUCUCAAUCAGGUAGAUCCUAUAAUGACUGAUAUCCAGACCGCGGCUUUGACUGCGGAUCAGUCGGUUUCCAAAGCCAUACAAAUAUCCCCAACUGCUGAUAAUCUGAUGGAAUCCGAGACGGUCGUGGAGUGGCUUGAUCGCAAAAAUUUGGGAUCUCUUGUGCCUGUGUUUGAAAAAGAAGAGUUGCUUGAGUGGGAUGUUAUCAAGGAUAUCACUUUGCCCUCACUGCAGACGCUAUCGCUUCCACUUGGUGCGGUCCUUAAAUUUAUGAGAGCAAAGCAGGAGCGAUUUAAUGAGAAUGUCGCGGAUAAGGAUUUGAGAUCUACAAACUUGGGCAUAGAUGAAAAUAUCGAGUCACUUGUAUCGAGAUUAGUGGAGGCUCGAUUGACUGAAUCUCGUGCAGUCUCUUCAAAAUCAGCGACAUCCACAACCGUUCGUCCUACCUUGUCGCGUCAGCCAAUCUCACGCACGUCAAUUCAUAAUAAAGAAAAGGAUAGUGCCGGGCUCUCUGAUCGUUCUAUUCCCUUGUCAUCCACUGGAUCUAUUGUUAAAAAACGACCCAAAAACGUUAAUGCUACCUUGAAUUCUACUAGUGUUGCAACCAAAGGUCAUUCAGUUACUAAUUCAAAGCCCGAGUCGGCAGGGUCUCGCACUGCUUCUGGAACCUUCAAUGCCCCAUCUCAAUCAAUGUCCGCCACCUGUCAUGGCACAGUGAAACCAUCUGCUUCUAAAUCUACUCCUUUCAUGACCAAUGUGGCUGAAGUAAGCGCUGCAUCCAAGUCGAGCAUUCCUGCCAUAUUUCGACGACCCACUCAAACUCGCGUUAGUGCUUCUAUUGCUGAUGCUGGUAAGAAAACACCCCUACGCACGUCAAAGUCGGUUGGUAACUUUGGACUCUCUCGAAAAGAUGCUAUUGUUCCACCAGCGGCGGAAGGCCGCGAUGUGGCAGCUGAUCCAGCAUUCAAAACCACUACAGCCCAUCAGGAUUUUCUCCGCAAGAAAGCAUCUACACAUGCUCUUGGUUCAAGCAAACCCAAUUCCGUCUCCCAAGGUAUUUCCAAAUCCAGUGGCUAUGGCAUUCAAAAACCUUAUGUAUCUGCUCAAUCUUUAAACUCCGAGGCAGUGACUACUCAGCAGGCUAUUUCUCAAAUAUGAUGCUUUGAUUUUCUCAAACCUUGACUUUUUGUGGUGUCGACUGAUUUUACAAUGAACAUGUGUUGAUUUUAAAUGGUGUCUAUUGCGAGUUGGUGUUGAUUCUUGACUUUGAAGCAAUCCGUUGGUGAUGAUGGAUGAUUGCAAGUGUUGAAUAGCCAAUGAUGUGUAGUUUAAAAUUUGAUGUAUUCGGACUGUCUAAUCACACUCGGGUUGCAGAUCUACACGCAGGCUCGGGAGAAUUAAACUGAAUCAGCAAACUGAGGCGGUGUGCAAGGUGUAUGAUUUUCUUGCUUGCAUGAGAAGCCAUCUACACAAAGCGGAUAAACGUACGAAUGAUUCAAGAUAGCAACUGUGGAAAUGACAGUAUUGACAUGUAUGAUGGUGAAAGCAGGCUCAUAGUGUACUUGAAGUGAUCGAAGGAAUGUUGUUUGGAUGACCAAAACUACAAAAGUUGAAUGCAGUCUAUUGAAUGUAUUUGAAGAGUAUAGGCAUUAAAUCUACGAAUGGGUUGUAAAAU